UAAUAUAGUUUAAGUUAUAUCCGUGUGUGAAUUAUGUGUUAUAAUUAGGUUGAAAAAGUGCGGAUAAGGCGUGCUUGGAUUUAUUUCAUAUCAGUUCGGCCACAUCACGUAGGUCAUUCUUUCAACAAAAUGAAAGUCAUGAAAGCUUGCAAAUCCACAAGGCUCGCCAGCGUGUCGUUUGUAUUGCUUUUGGCCAGGUAUGCGCACGCAGCCCUAUAUGACCAUUCAAGUGCAACGGUAAUAUCUAUCAAUGACGACACGUUGACGCCAUUGAAUCUUCCUGUUCCUAUUAAAUUUAGAGACAUGGAUAUCAACAACAUCUAUAUAUCAGACAACGGGCUAGUAACAACGGACGCAACAAAGGAAACGUUCGCGGAUGCAAUCAAAACCAACUCGAUCUGGAUAGCUCCGUUUGGCGGUGACGUCGCUCCCGACGUAAAUUCUAAGAUCAAGCACGCCACCUAUCUCGCGCCCGGAACGCCACCCCCUAGCGGCGUGAACGUGCACGUCAAUCAAGUGUACCCGGAUGUAAAUUUCUCGCCAACAUCUGCCUACGUGAUCACGUGGGAGAAUGUGGACAUGAUUGGUGACUCUUCUUUCACGGGAAAUACCUUUCAACUAACUCUUACUACUGAUGGAACAAAGAGCUACGCAAUUUUCCUAUAUGAUGUCAUCUCCUGGUAUCCCGGUGUGACUGGUGUCAAUGCAGGAGAUGGUAACGUCCAGAGGGUGUGUAACACGGAUACCGCAGCAGCGCAGCAGCUGCCGCAGAAGACAAAUAUUGCAGCCUGUGGUGUUGAUCCCGGCGUUGUGGUUCUCCGCAUUGACCAGACCGGCAUCUGGGGACCAGAUUGCGUUACUGUGAGUCAACCAGAAGCGUGUACCACCCAGGGGAUUCUUGGUGGUGGUGACAGAAACUCACAAACAUUGCCCUUUACUUCGUGUGCAACAACCAUGAUUUGUGGAGCCUUGUUGAUACUUAUAGUGCGACAACUAACAUGAACAAACAGACUCAUGCACACAACACUUAUAUAACCCAAAGUUAUGGUGGUCUCUACAAAAGCGGUCUCCACCCCCCACCACCCCCCCCCCCGAGCUCCGUGAUAUUUUACGUGUAUACUGCAAGAAAGUAUAAACAUACACACCCAUGUAAUGCUUCAAUGAUUUGCAUGAACAAAUCUAAACAGUGUGUGUGUAGAAGAGAAGACAUGACAAGUUGUUUUUUUUCCAGAUCUGUGAUCAUAUGUCUAUUUAUAUAUUAUUGUAAAACGCACAGUCGUCUAUUAUAACUUAUUUUAAACGAUUCAUAUAUCGGUUGAACACUUGAGUUCUUCUAUUCGUGACGGUGCAAUAACAAAAAAUAUUAUUCUUCGUAUACUGACAUAUAGCCCUUCAGCCAAGUACCCAAAAUUGAGGUGGGGUGUACCAGUAAGGCGGGAAAAACUACACCUAUAUAUCUUGGAAGAUGCAUGCCAGUAGCAUAUGAAAAUGGUUGAUAACAGUCUGGUACUGGCAGCUUUUGGUAUUAUUCUUUUCUCCUUUGAAGAUGGGGCCUCAAUCAGCUUAAUUUUCAUAAAUUGACUGGGAGAAAU